AUGGCGUUGCGAGGAGAUGAGCCUGAGAUUAUGAACCUAAGAGAAUGGGAUCGAAGAGCUCGGUUUAUCCGGGAAAACCCGACUUCUAGAAGGUUCUCUGCUUCAUACAUAGGAAGCUUCCGAGAAGAUCAUCACAAGUCUUUUUCUAGAACAAACUUCAACAACAUCUCUAGAACAAACUUCAACAACAUCUCUAGUACUGCCUCUUCUCCUGGCUACACCCUCAAAGAAGAGAUAGACCCAUCAACAUAUUCCUUCACCAAUGCACUUAAAGCAUUACAAGCAAAGACAAUGAUUAACAACAGAGAAUGGUUAUCACAAGAAGGGUUUGCGUUGAAUUCAAAGUGGAACGAAGCAGAGAAAUAUAUCUGCAAUCCAUUGUCCGGAGAAGUUCCAAUGGAGUGUUUGUCCUCUAAAACAUUAAGUGCAAGAUCAUUCAGAAACUUGACCACCAUGUCUGCUCCUCUUCACUGUCCUAAUCCCAAUCCAUUGGUGAAUAUUGGUCAGAACAAAUCCAAUAAUAACCCUAACGUUAGAGUCAUUCAUGAGGAUCUUUAUUCUCCUGAUCCUGUUCUUGUUCGAGCUGAAAAGAAAGUUGUGGGGCUGAAACGAGAUGUGGGUAUUCAGAGUACGUCGGUGGAUCUAAGCUCCGGCAGUCCUAGUCCGGCAAAGACGCCUCCGAUCGUUGAACGGUCGAUGAAACGACACGUGGAAGCCAAUGAUUCCCCCGUGGAUUUCAAUCUCAAAUUGAAAGGUCAACAAGAGGAUGUGAAGUUAGAGGAGAAAGAUAAUGAAGAAGAGGAGCAGGAGAUGAGUAAAGAAGAAGAAGAAGAGAAGCAAGAGAUGAGCGAAGAAGACGCACAAGAAGAAGAGAUGAAGAAAACGAAGAAGAAGAAGAGAGGAAGUGGAUGCUUCUCAUGGGUGAGAUCAAGACAAAGUCGAGCAAGAAAAUCAAAGUACAUCUUCCCAGUUUGUGUUCCUCAUCUUGUCAAAGGUUGUUGA